AUGGUGCACUGUUCGAACUUCUGGAAGUGGUUCGUGGUUCCAGGAUUGGUGUUCCUGCUGGAGAAGAUCGUGGGGAUGGCCGUCUCUCGGAUGGGAGGCCUUUACAUCGUGGAGGUCAACAUGCUGCCCUCCAAGGAGCAUCCUCCUGCAUGUGUCCUCACUCCUCUGACACACACCUCCAUCAUCAUGGCCCUGAUGUACUCGAACCGCAACUCCAUUGGCAGCGGCAGCAUGAGCGGUGGCGGCGGCUACGGUGGCAUCGGCAUGGGGCGAGCAUCCACGGGAGGCAUGAGCUCCUUCAGCGUGGCGGGAGGAGCAGGAGGUGGGGGAACACGGGUCUCCCGGUCUAGCAUGAGCUACUCUGCAGGUGGUGGCGGUGGCGGCUUCGGCUACGGUAGUGGAGCUGGUGGAGGCGGUGGAGCUUUCUCUUUUGGUAGCGGUGGUGGUGGUGGAGGCAGUGGAGCCUUUGCUUUUGGAGGUGGAGGUGGUGGCGGCGGCGGUGGAGAUGCCAGCUUCAUCGGCAAUGAGAAGGCCACCAUGAACAACCUCAAUGACCGCCUGGCCACUUACCUGGCCAAGGUGGCGGCGCUGGAGAAGGCCAACGGAGAGCUGGAGCUGAAGAUCAGACAGUUUGUGGAGAGCAAGGUCGGCCCCAGCACCCGAGACUACAGUCCCUUCUACGUCACCAUCGCAGAGCUGCAGGGCAAGAUCCAGGAAGCCAUCCUGGUCAAAGGCACUGUCCUCCUGAGCAUCGACAACGCCCAACUGGCUCAGGACGACUUCAGGGUCAAGUAUGAGAACGAGCUGGCCAUGCGUCAGUCUGUGGAGGCGGACAUCGCCGGGCUGAAGAUGGUGAAGGUUGAACUCGGCAGCGCCAUGACGGACCUGAGCAUGCAACUGGACGCUCUGAAAGAAGAGCUGGUGUCCAUGAAGAGUAACCAUGAGGAGGACCUGAUGGCGAUGCGUGGCCAUAUGAGUGGCCAGGUGAACGUGGAGGUGGACGCCGGUCCGCAGGAGGAUCUGAACAAAGGGCUGGAAGAGAUGCGGGAACAGUACGAGGCCAUCAACGCCAAAACCAAGCGUGAUCUGGAGAGCUGGUACGCCACCAAGUCGGAGGCUAUCGCCAAGGAGGAGGAGACCACAAUCAUGAGCAUACAGACCACCAGCACAGAGGUGAAAGAGACCAAGAGUUUGCUACAGGCUCUGGAGAUCGAGCUGCAGUCUCAGAUGAGCAUGGUGAUCGAGCCCAUGGCCUGUGAGGGGUUGAGGACCAUCUGCAUCGCAUACCGUGACCUGCCGGGGAAUCCAGAGCCAGACUGGGAGAACGAAGCUGAAAUAGUGACGGAGCUGACCUGCAUCACUGUGGUGGGGAUAGAGGACCCUGUGCGGCCUGAGGUACCAGAGGCCAUCCGUAAGUGUCAGCGCGCGGGCAUCACGGUGCGGAUGGUGACUGGAGACAACAUUAGCACAGCCAGGGCCAUUGCUGUUAAAUGUGGCAUCAUCCAACCCGGGGACGACUUCAUCUGUAUAGACGGCAAAGAAUUCAACCGACGAAUCAGGAACGAGAAAGGAGAGAUCGAACAGGAACGCAUUGACAAAGUGUGGCCCAAACUUCGCGUGUUGGCUCGAUCCUCGCCAACGGACAAACACACUCUGGUCAAAGGCAUCAUCGACAGCACAGUGUUAGAGCAGAGGCAGGUUGUCGCAGUAACAGGAGAUGGAACCAAUGACGGACCAGCUCUGAAGAAGGCUGAUGUUGGCUUUGCCAUGGGUAUUGCGGGGACGGAUGUGGCUAAAGAAGCGUCUGACAUCAUCCUGACUGAUGACAACUUCAGCAGCAUUGUGAAGGCGGUGAUGUGGGGCCGAAAUGUCUACGACAGCAUCUCCAAAUUCCUGCAGUUCCAGCUCACAGUCAACGUAGUGGCUGUCAUCGUGGCCUUCACCGGGGCUUGCAUCACUCAGGACUCUCCUCUGAAGGCGGUGCAGAUGCUGUGGGUGAAUCUCAUCAUGGACACCUUUGCUUCUCUGGCUCUGGCCACUGAGCCCCCCACUGAGGACCUGUUGCUACGGAAACCCUACGGUCGGAACAACCCACUCAUCUCACUGACCAUGAUGAAAAACAUCCUGGGCCAUGGAGUGUACCAGCUGAUCAUCAUCUUCACCCUACUGUUCAUAGGCGAGCACAUUUUUAACAUCGACAGUGGCCGCAACGCCCCGCUCCACUCCCCGCCCUCUGAGCACUACACCAUCAUCUUCAACACCUUCGUCCUCAUGCAACUCUUCAACGAGAUCAACGCUCGCAAGAUCCACGGAGAGAGAAACGUCUUUGACGGCAUAUUUGCCAACCCCAUCUUCUGCACCAUCGUUUUUGGAACCUUUGCCGUGCAGCAGAGUGUGCCUGCUCAAGCUGGAGCCGAUCACGUCACACCAAACUGGUCGACACAGCCUUGA